CUUGUGCUUCCUUGCCACCAGCUUCCAGCCUCAACGCACGUUGGGGGCGUACUCGAGUCGAGCUAAUCGUCUACAUCGUCUACUCAUAUCCUUCUUCAUCUCUCGUUAUCAUGCCCCUCCACAACCCCCUCUGGGAGAUCGCCGAGCCUUACCUCGUCGCUACAAAGCGAUACACCGUCCCCGACCCCACGUACGGCCGCUAUCUCCUUCCACACCAUGCACCCACCGAGCGCCUCAUGGCCACCCCCGGCGUGCGCCAUACCUUCCGUCGCGCGUUUCUAAAGCCGUUCCACGAUUGCAAGACCUGGCACGAGGCAUACAACACUACAGAGAUCGUGCAUUCAGACCAAGUCAAGCUCGAGCAAGCCGAGGUCGAGCAAGGUGUCAAGCAUGGCGGGCGCUGGCUCUUCUACUCGGUUUGGGAGAUGGACGAGCCCGAGGGCGGAUGGGAGUGCAGCGGCAAGGGGCGUGGGCGUGACCUCGUCCUCGUGCAUGGGCUGAGUGAUUACGGAUUGCGAUACUCGCCGCAUGUGAUCCACUUCCUCAAGGAAGGUUUCCGUGUCAUCAUGCCGGACUUGCCCUCAUACGGUCGCUCAACCGGUGUCAACUCCUACCUCCCCUCGCUCGACCUCCUCCCCGCCGCGCUGCACGUUGUGCUGACGGACGUGGUGACCUGGGAUCUGAAGCAGGGCCGUAAGCAGCAGCAGGUCUUUCUCAGCGGCGCAUCGAUGGGCGCAUGGACUGUCCUCUUCUACGUGUACCGCUACCCACCGAGCGAGUCGGCCAAAGCCGUCGCUGAGGCGUCUUCGAGUGACAAGCCGGCUCCUCCCCGCCCACAGGUUGCAGGCGUGUUCGCCCUCUGCCCAAUGGUGGAGGCGUCUCCCGAGUCGCGUCCGUCGGCGAUCAUCGAGUACAUUGCAAAGAGCAUCAAGUUCUUUGCGGGCUCUUUACCACUCGCGAAAGCCGUCCGCGGCAAUGUGUCCGACGACCCGCGCGUGGAGGAGGACUUCUUCGCCGACCCGCUGUGCUACCAUGGCCUGCUACGCGUUGGGACGGGCCUGUCGCUGCUCGACGGCAUGACCGAGCUCAAUCAGAAUGCAGAGAAGAUCAACAUUCCCAUCCGCCUUAUUCACGGCACGUCAGACCGCGCGACGUCUCAUGCUGCCACUGAGCGUUUGUUCCACCGCCUUCCUCACGAGGAUAAGCAGUUCGAGUUGUAUGAGGGAUACGAGCAUGUCAUGCUCAAGGUUGGUGUCGACGAGGCAGACGACGAGAAGCGCCAACGUGUGCUCCGAGACUGGACUGACUGGCUCCUCGCGCGCUGCGAUUAGAAUU